GGGCUCAGGGAGGGCUCUGUGCCUCUGCUCAGCACUGAGCUGCAGCUGCUCCCCAGCUCUCUGGCGGCAAGCUGGACUCCCUCCUUCUGCUGCAGGCACAAGGACAGUGACACUCAACCCUACCUGAGCCAUGCCAGCCAACCUCACAGAGGGCAGCCCCAAUUCCGGCGGGACCACACAGACACCGGCUCCUUCCCUAGUGGCUUGCACUGACACGGUGACUUUCACUGAAGUGGCGGAGGGAGAGGAGUGGGGCUCCUUCUACUACUCCUUUAAGACUGAGCAAUUGAUAACUCUGUGGGUCCUCUUUGUUUUCACCAUUGUUGGAAACUCUAUUGUGCUGUUCUCCACGUGCAGAAGGAAGAGGAAGUCAAGAAUGACCUUCUUUGUAACUCAGCUGGCCAUCACAGACUCUUUCACGGGACUGGUCAACAUCCUGACAGAUAUUAUUUGGCGAUUCACUGGAGACUUCAUGGCACCUGACCUGGUUUGCCGAGUUGUCCGCUAUUUACAGGUUGUGCUGCUCUAUGCCUCUACCUACGUCCUGGUGUCCCUCAGCAUAGAUAGAUACCAUGCCAUCGUCUACCCCAUGAAGUUCCCGCAAGGAGAAAAGCAAGCUAAAGUGCUCAUCAUAAUUGCCUGGAUCCUCUCCUUCCUGUUCUCCAUUCCCACUCUGAUCAUAUUUGGGAAAAGGACACUCUCCAACGGUGAAGUGCAGUGCUGGGCCCUCUGGCCUGACGACUCCUACUGGACCCCUUACAUGACCAUCGUGGCCUUCUUGGUGUACUUCAUCCCUUUGACAAUCAUCAGCGUCAUCUAUGGCAUCGUGAUCCGAACUAUAUGGAUUAAAAGCAAAGCCCAUGACUCAGUGAUUUCCAACUGCUCAGGUGGGAAACUGUGCACCAGCUACAACCGAGGGCUCAUCUCAAAGGCAAAAAUCAAGGCCAUCAAGUAUAGCAUCGUCAUCAUUCUGGCUUUCAUCUGCUGUUGGAGUCCAUACUUCCUCUUUGACAUUUUGGACAAUUUCAGCCUCCUCCCAGACACCAAAGAGCGUUUCUAUGCCUCUGUGAUCAUUCAGAACCUGCCAGCACUGAAUAGCGCCAUCAACCCUCUCGUCUACUGUGCCUUCAGCAGCUCCAUCUGCUUCCCCUGGGGGAAGCAAAGAUCACAGGAUUCCAGAAUGACAUUCCGAGAGAGAACAGAGAGGCACGAGAUGCAGAUUCUCUCUAAACCAGAGUUCAUCUAG